AAGUGAUAAACUUUGUACAAUAAUAAAAUUCUAGUUCUAAUCAAUACCUAUUUCUAGAUCAUAAAAGAAUAAUAAUCGAAGUUUGUAUAAAAACAUAUUUCGCACGAAACGCGAGAAUGAGCAACACCUGUACCAAAUACCGCUGGAAGAAAAUGAAGAAAUCGAUUCUUCGAUGUGGGAUACUGUUAAAAAUAUUCCCAAUACUGAUAGUUAUAAAGAAGAAACAGAAUCGGGCGAAGAAAUUUAUGAUUACGAAAAGUUUAGAAAGGAAUACGAAGAAGAAAUAUCGCAGCAUAUAAUCGUUGACAAAAUAUCAAAUUAUACUAACGAGAAUAAAUCGAAAGAAACAGAGAAAAGUGAAUAUCCCAAAGGAACGCUGCAAAAGUUACUUGAUUUCAAAAAUUGUACAAAAACAUCAAAAAAAUUUGGUAUCAAAGCUAUCGAUUGUUUAAUACACAACUAUGAAUCUGAAGAUCAAACUGUGAAAAAGUCUGUACAGAAAGCAUGGUUGAUCAUUAGAAUAUGGUUUCUAAUUUAUGUAUGUCUUGCGAUUCCUUGUUGGUGUCACAAAGGUUGGUGUUGCUGCUGUUUUCGUUGCGAGUUCUGUUUUCCCAGAAGAAGGAUUUUAUUUGCAAAACAAUAUUAUGCAAUUAAUCCUCCUGGAACAUUAGCUAAAGAAGUUGAAAAGAACGAAGAGACGCAACAGUUUAUUACAUACGAACCUACUGAAUUUGAAGAGAAUGCAUUCGAACAAUUUGAAGCCAGAAUAAGAAAUAUAUAA